AUGGCCACCGAUACCGCCACCAGCGUUGCAACGUCGCUAAUCCACGACUAUGGCGGGUCCGAUGCAGUCCGCACCGGGAUUUUUGCCGCCUUCGCUGCUCUGGCCUGGUACAACUCCAUCGAACUGAUCAUCCUGUGCCUCUUCUCCUUCAGACGCUGGAAUGGCAAUUACUUCUGGAGCCUGCUCAUCUCCUCCGCCUGCAUCGUGCCAUACUGCCUGGGAUUCAUCCUCCUCUUCUUCCCAACCGGCGUGACACCCUGGCUAUGCGUGACGCUCAUCAUCCUAAGCUGGUGCGGCAUAGUAACCGGCCAGUCCUUCGUGCUAUGGUCACGUCUGCACCUCGUGCUGCAGAGCCGAAAAGUCCUUCGCGGCGUGCUGUGGAUGAUCUGCGUCGAUGCGGUGCUAUUACACAUCCCCACGACGGUCAUGUUAUACGGCACCGUUGCGCGGCCAGAGAGUUUCUGGGCGCGCGGAUACAGUAUUAUGGAACGUAUUCAGGUUGUCGGCUUCUGUGUCCAGGAAUUGAUCAUCUCUGGUAUCUAUGUCUGGGAGACUGUUAAGCUGCUUCGGCUUAGACCUGAGGGUCGUCCGCAUGGAAUACUCAACCAGUUGUUGCUUAUCAAUAUCCUGAUUCUUGUGUUGGAUGUCUCUGUUGUUAUCAUUGAAUAUGUCGGCUAUUAUGCCGUGCAGGUGCUGUUCAAACCUGUUGCAUACAGUAUCAAGCUGAAGCUUGAAUAUGCGAUUCUCGGCAAAUUGGUCGCGAUUGCCCGUAGUGGCUAUGACAGUCAGGAUCUGCGCUCUAGUGCGCGGGAAAUCAAUGAGAUCGUUUCGUUCCCUUCGGAUAGGUGUACGCCUGGGGAUCUGGAGUCGCGACGGCCUAGCUAUCGGCAAUAUGGUCCGUCAUGGUUGUGGGAUGGUGGGAUAUCAAGCCACCCUGCAUCGACAUCCUCGGGUACUUUGGCAAAUCCAUGA